UCUGCAGGGGGCGGCAACUAGCGACAGAGCUGCGAGAGCUUCCUUGCCUGCCCAGCCACGGUGGCUUUUCUUCUGUGUCGCUACUAGUUAGCCACAAGACGCUAAACGCUGCUGCAGGCUUAUCCCAGUGAGUGAAAUUGGAACUAAUGAAAACCAAGUAACAGUCGCGGGUGGUCUAGUCACAACUGUCCUGGUGGCGAGGAUGAUGAUGAUGGGAGUUGGCUACUACAGCCGAAGGUGCAGCCCCCCACGCUAGUACCAGUCUACAACCCCUGGUCACCCUUUGAGCCCUGGUCCCACCUGUCCCCACCAUGGCCAACCACCUGGAGCUUCUGAAUGAACUGCAGCAGUUGGAUAAGGUGCCUAGCCUGGAGCGACUAAGGGCCGCCCAGAAGCGCCGCACGCAGCAGCUGAAGAGAUGGGCAGUCUAUGAGAAGGAGAUGCAGAACAAGAAGCGCAAGGCGGACAAGAGGAGGAACACCAAUCAUGCCGCAGCCAUGGAGGCCAAACGACAUGUAUCGUUUGCAGCUAAUGUGGCGCUAUUAGAGGCGUCGGCACGGAACGACCCUGACGAAGUACGCUACCUGCUGAAGAACAAUGUCAGUCCAGACUUGUGCAACGAGGAUGGACUCACUGCCCUACACCAGUGCUGUAUUGAUAACUAUGAGGAGAUGGUAAAGAUCCUGUUGAAUCGUAGUGCCAGUGUAAACGCCCAGGACAAUGAACUUUGGACCCCGCUACAUGCUGCUGCCACCUGUGGACAUGCAGGACUGGUCAAGGUCCUCAUACAACAUGGAGCAGACCUGUUAGCUGUGAACUCUGACGGCAACAUGCCCUAUGACCUGUGUGAAGAUGACCCUACCCUGGAUAUCAUCGAGACCGCAAUGGCCAAUCGAGGCAUCACCCAGGAGAUGAUCAACGAGACCCGGGCGUCUGUAGAGAGGAGAAUGAUGGGAGAUAUACAGGAGCUGCUGACUGCGGGAGAGGACGUCAACCGCAACGACUCACAAGGAGCUACUCUGCUCCACAUUGCAGCAGCUAAUGGCUACGUCCAGGGUGCAGAGCUGCUGCUGGAGGGAGGGGCCAGGAUGGACCUGAGAGACACUGACGGAUGGCAGCCGCUCCACGCCGCAGCCUGCUGGGGUCAGAUGCAUGUAGCAGAGCUGUUGGUUUCUCACGGUGCCAGUCUCAAUGCCAAGACCUACCUAGAGGAGACACCCAUUGACCUGUGCGAGGACGAGGAGUUCCGUGCCAUCCUGUUGGACCUGAAACACAAACACGAUAUUAUCAUGAAGUCUCAGCUCAAACACAAGACCUCCCUGUGUAGGAGGACGUCCAGCGCAGGCAGCCGUGGGAAAGUGGUGCGGCGGGCCAGCCUGUCUGACAGACACAACCUUCGUGUGAAGGAAUACGAGACCGAGGCCAUCGUGUGGAGAGGUGGGAGGGAAGGAGGGAGGGAGGAGCAGGAGAAAGAGAAGGAGGCAGACCAGGAGAACAGCCAUCUGAUCAAUACGACUGUUACUAUGGUGAUUCCGGUGAAGCCAGCAGCGGAGAGGCCCAAGCUCCAGAAAAUCCUUAAAGAUCCUAGUGGCAUCAUCAAACAAAACGGCAUCAUCUCCACGACGACGUCUACGCCCGCUCCCAGUCAGUCGCCGGCCACCAAUGGUGAGGCUCCAUCCCCUGACACGAAGAGUAUGACGUCCAUUCCGCUGCCCGAGGACUCUUCCUCCUUGCCCAGGGAGCGUGCUCAGACACUAUCAGAACUGAAAAAGCAGAGGUCGGCCGCCAAGCUGCUCAACCACCCUCUCCUCAACGGUCACCUUGGAAACGGCUCCACAGAAACCGCCGAGCCCCAGAGCCCUGUGGACUCCCGCAUGCCGCUGGUCUCCUCCAAUGGCAGCGCAGUUUACUACACCCCGGCCAGCGGGGACCCACCCAUCCUCAAACUGAAACAGCCAAUAGAUGAUGAGGAACUAAAGGGGCACAGCUGCUGCUGUGUCUCCUAGGGAGGGGUGGAGGUCACCCCAAGACACUGAUUUAAGGUCAGGUUUACUCUGUUCUCCUCCAAUGCAUUAAGGUUAGGGUUCGAGGAGGGUAAACUGAUCGUAGAUCUGUGUCAAAUGGUAACUUCUUCCCAGAUAGUGUGUACCAGAGCAGGAUGGUCAUGUGACUGAAGUAGGAAGAGAUUGCACAGCAGGACACCAAAAUGCAGAGCCAAGGUCCAAGAAUGCAAUAGGAGUGGAGCUGGUUCAGCCAGGUGAUUGGUUACCUGCCCCUACUCCCUAGUUUUCCUACCCACUGCUGUUUCAACUCCUGGCCACACCAGUAUGGAGGAUAGGAUAACCUUAGAGAAUUCAAGUAAAAGAUGACUUGGAGAAGAGCCAAACGGUGAUAGCUUGUGGUCGAUUGACAGGGCAGGUAUGUGGUGGACACUGUUGAAUUCCCUGGGUGGCUGAGAUGGUCCAUAGACCAUAAGAGUAUGGAGGAUUCCUCUACCCCCCCCCCGGAGAACGGGCAUGCCACUGUGGUAGAUUGUGGUUGAUGUAGAGAGUAAGGAAGUGGAACGAGAUGGCCCUUAUCCCCUAUGAGGAGAGAACUCUGGUGCCCUAUAAAGGGGUGGAUGCUUAGGCAGCGUGCUCUCCCAUGUUAAGCGUAUGUGGUGUCUUACUUUUGACUGAAUCACUGUUUUCAAACCACAUUCUUACUUUAUCCACUGUUUCUGGAACUUGUUUGAGGAAAAAAAUACUCCAAGAAAUCAGAAUACACUCUCUGUGUUAUUACUGAAACAAAGAGGGAUACUCUUUCUUAAUUAAGACGUAUUCUUGUUCAAAUGCUGACUAUUUCAGAAAAGGGAAGGAAUGGUUUAUACCUGAGUGGCAGGUAGCCUAGCGGCUAGCGCGUUGGACCAGUAACUGAAAGGCUGCUGGUUUGAAUCCCCGAGCCAACAAGGUGAAAAAAAAUCUAUUGAUGUGCCCUUGAGCAAAGCACUUAACCCUAAUUGCCCCUGUAAGUUGCUCUGGAUAAAAGCGUCUUCUACAUGACUAAAAUGUAAAUAACAAAACAGAACAGUAUUACAGUCAACGAUCUAUCUGCUCCUGUGAAGAAGGAGGAUUGGAGCACUGCACUAUAGACAUUUGAAACAAUGCAGCAUUAAACUCAUCAUCCGUCCAGAUCCGAACUUGCAUCGAUAAAGGUGGUAAAAAGGUGUUUGAUAUACCCAUGUCUUUUUGCUUAUUUGUAGGUAAUUUAAGCAAAAAGAAUUGCUUGAAAAUACAGUGCAUUAGGAAAGUAUUCAGACCCCUUGACUUUUUCCACAUUUUGUUAUCUUAGACUUAUUAUAAAAUGUAUUGAGUAAAUUAAAAAUCCUCAUCAAUCUACACACAAUACCCCAUAAUGACAAAGUGAAAACAGUUAUUUUUUUAUGUUUCCAUUGAUCAUCCUUGAUGUUUCUACAACUUGAUUGGAGUCCACCUAUGGUAAAUUCAAUUGGACAUGAUUUGGAAAGGCAGACACCUGUCUAUAAGGUCCCACAGUUCACAGUGCACGUCAGAGCAAAAACCAAGCCAUGAGGUCAAAGGAAUUGUCCGUAGAGCUCCGAGACAGGAUUGUGUCGAGGCACAGAUCUGGAGAAGUGUACCAAAAAAAUGUCUGCAGCAUUGAAAGUCCCCAAGAACACAGUGGUGUCCAUCACUCUUAAAUGGAAGCAGUUUGGAACUACCAAGACUCUUUCUAGAGCUGGCCGCUCAGCCAAACUGAGCAAUCGGGGGAGAAGGGCCUUGGUCAGAAAGGUGACCAAGAACCCAAUGGAGAUGGGAGAACCUUCCAAAAGGACAACCAUCUCUGCAGCACCAAUCAGCACCAAUCAGGCCUUUAUGGUAGAGUGGCUAGGCGGAAGCCACUGCUCUGUAAAAGGCACAUGACAGCCCGCUUGGAGUUUGCCAAAAGAGAUUGAACUCUUUGGCCGGAAUGCCAAUCGUUAUGACUGGAGGAAACCUAGAUGUUUUUCAGGGACUGGGAGAAUAGUCAGGAUCGAGGGAAAGAUGAACGGAGCAAAGUACAGCGAGAUCCUUAAUGAAAACCUGCACCAGAGCGAACAUCAGACUGGGACAAAGGUUCACCUUGUAACAGGACAACAAUCCUGCGCACACAGCCAAGACAACGCUGGAGUGGCUUCGGGACAAGUCUCGAAUGUCCUUGAGUGGCCCAGCCAGAGCCCAGACGUGAACCCGAUCGUACAUCUAUUCAGGACAGACCUGAAAAUAGCUGUGCAGCGACGCUCCCCAUCCAACAAGACAGAGCUUGAAAGGAUCUGUAGAGAAGAAUGGGAGAAACUCCCCAAAUACAGGUGUGCCAAGCUUGUAGCGUCAUACCCAAGAAGACUCGAGGCUGUAAUUUCUGCUGAAGGUACUUCAACAAAGUACUGGGUCUGAAUACUUAUGUAAAUGUGAUAUUUCAGUUUUUUUUUUUUAGCAAUUUUUCUUUUAAAUAAAAUGUUUUUGCUUUGUUAUUGUGGGGUAUUGUGUGUAGAUUGAUGAAGGAAAAACACUAUUUAAUUUGUUUUAGAAUAAGUCUGUGACGUAACAAUGUGGAAAAGGUAAAGGGGUCUGAAUACUUUCCGAAUGCACCAUAUGUACCGUUUCCAGCUUUUUAUUUAUGAAGAAUAAUUUUAUGAAAAGGAUAUGGUUUGCAAAUUCCUACAGUGUAUUUAUUUUAUUUUUAUAGCUAUGGAAAGUGAAUGCAGUAUAUCUUCCUUUCCUGUGAAGCACUGAUCCUAGAUCUGUUUGUGAUGUCUUGCCAGCUUCAUUGCUGCCAUUGACAUGGAGUAGGCAAAACAGUACAAACAGAUCUGGAACCAGGCUAGAAGCACUGCACCUUCUAGAAUGGAAAUGUUCCUUUGGAGUUGACAAGGUUAUUGUCCAGUCAUAUGUAGCUUGUGUAUAACCUGGUCCCAGAUCUGUGUGUGUGCUGUAUUGCCAACUCAAUAAAAUAGGAUUUCACAGGAAAGAGCACAAACAGGUCUGAGUCAAGGCAUAUUCCACCCAGGCUCAGUUAAAUUGCUUGAAAACUAAGAGACUUGGCAAAGCAAAGUAUAACACUUGCUUAUUACCAUUACAUGCAUAUUAACUCAGAAAAUGUAUGGUAUCUGACAUGAUGUAGCCCACUGUGUAUUAUUUUUUAGAAUGUGUGUCUGUGUUCCAAGUUCCAACACUGGAAGCACCUACCUACUUAACAAUGAAAAGUAGGAUUGUAGGAAGUAGUUAAUGAGGCUGGUUCAUCUGUGUUAUUGUCCUUUAACCUGUGGAUACAUACAGUAUAAAGUAGUAGUAGACAAUUGUCUGCUACCCUCAGAUUUGUAGUAGUACUGUAGUAAUACUGUAAUACUACAGUGUAGUAGCAGUAGUAGUACCAGCUACCCUCAGCUCUGC